UUUCCUCAUCGGACCGUUGGACUCCACCAGUGCCCGGCAGCGGCCGAUAAACCGAAGCUCCGAAACUGUGACCGAGUUUUCAAAGACAUAACCCAAAACCAAAACCUCCGUUUGUUUGAGGUCACAGCGCUCGGCUUCGACUCAGCUCUCCUUCUUUCCCCGAAGGCGCUAAAACCCUAACCGGGUCUUCUUCCCUCGUGCACCAGUCUCUAAACCCUAAGCCUGCAACCAUGUACGGAGGAGACGAAGUAUCGGCUAUAGUUGUCGACUUGGGCUCUCACACCUGCAAAGCUGGUUACGCCGGUGAAGAUGCUCCCAAGGCUGUUUUCCCCUCUGUUGUUGGAUCCAUCGAUCAAAUGGAGGUUGACGAGCCUGCAACUACAGAUGCUAACUCUGGUUCAGCUGGGGAUGCAAAGGGCAUGAAAACCCCUGAAAGUGAAAAGAAAGGAAAGCGCAAGUUGUAUGUAGGAUCUCAAUCCCUUGGUUUCCGUCGGGAUCACAUGGAGGUCAUAUCUCCCUUUAAGGAUGGAAUAGUUGCUGAUUGGGAUAUUGUCGAUAGUAUAUGGGAUCAUGCUUUCAGGGAAUGCCUAUUAAUUGAUCCUAAAGAACAUCCAAUGCUCCUUGCGGAACCAUCUUCUAACACUCAGCAGCAAAGGGAGAGGGCAGUGGAGCUUAUGUUCGAAAAGUACAAGAUUCCUGCAUUAUUUUUGGCCAAGAAUGCGGUCCUCACUUCAUUUGCAUCUGGACGUGCUACAUCACUGGUUGUCGACUGUGGUGGAGGAUCGACUACAGUUGCCCCAGUACAUGAUGGUUAUGUUCUUCAAAAGGCUGUUGCUUCUUCUCCGAUUGGAGGAGAAUUUCUAACCGAUUGCUUGAUGAAGAGCUUGGAAAGCAAGGGCAUCAAGAUAAAACCCAGAUACUCUUUCAAGAGAAAGGAGAUACGUCCAGGAGUGUUUCAGACAGUAGAUCUCGAUUUGCCAAAUACAACAGAGAGCUACAAACUGUAUUCGCAGAGGCUGAUUGCUAGUGAUAUCAAAGAAUCUGUUUGUCGAGCACCUGAUACUCCUUAUGAUGAAACUGCAUAUGCCAACAUUCCUAUGACUUCGUAUGAGUUACCUGAUGGCCAAACAAUUGAAAUCGGGGCUGAUAGAUUUAAGAUACCUGACAUUCUGUUCAAUCCAUCCUUGGCUCAGAUAAUACCUGGUAUGGAGAAUUUUUCAGAGGUUGGUCCCUCAGCUCGUGGGUUAUCACAGAUGAUUAUUGAGAGCAUCAAUAAGUGUGAUGUGGACAUCAGGAGAGAACUUUUUAGUAGCAUACUGCUUGCUGGUGGCACCGCAUCAAUGCAACAGUUGAAGGAACGUCUUGAGAAGGACUUGCUGGAGGAAUCUCCUCAAGCUGCUAGAGUCAAAGUGCUGGCCAGUGGAAACACAACAGAACGAAGAUACAGUGUUUGGAUUGGAGGAAGUAUAUUGGCAUCUCUCGGUUCAUUCCAGCAGAUGUGGUUCUCAAAGUCUGAGUAUGAGGAGCAUGGGGCUUCAUACAUACAGAGAAAAUGCCCCUAAGAUGAGAGUGCCUGAGGGGAGUGGCUUGUUAAUUAUGUAGAUCGAUCAUCCCGUAGAGUUAGUAAAUUGCCACCUGAUUUUCUCUGGCUGGUCAAAGUGCGGCUCUUGUGCUAUCUUUUUCAGAUUGUACCGACUUAAAUCCUGUAUGUUCUUCACUGACACGGUUGAUGGUAAGUGUUAACUAUGUUGAUGGUAAGUGUUAACUAUGGGCUGGUUAGAGAAGGAUUUGGACAGGCAAAAGAAAGCGAUGAUUUACAACUCUGUUGACUUGAUGCAGUAGGUGCAUUGAUUUAGUAGUAUGAAACUUCUGCAGCUAUCGAAUGUUUUCCCAUCCUCGGAUUGCAUUUAGAUGGAGACAUGGUCUUUCAUGUUUCA